UCACCGGCUUCCCGCCUGCGCCGAGUGGCCGGCCUCGCGGGCCAAGCGGGGAGCAGACUGCAGGCUGAGGGCUGCGGGCGGGCAGGCAGGUGGCCCCGGCCCUCCGCGCCCGCGCUUUGGCUCUGCCCCCGGGAACCUAGCGAACUGCUGCUCCCUGUGGUGUGAGGGCGGUGAUGUUUUUCCUCCCACCCACUUUUGGGGCCCCCUCCCGCCUCGAGCUCACUCUAGCUCUCGCCACAACCUGGGAGCCCCAGACCUAGGAGGAGCGCUCUGGGCAGCUCAGAGCGCGUGUACGCGUGGAAGACGGAGGAGGUCAGUGGCCAGCUUUGACUACACCAGGCCCUGAAAGUUUUGAGCUGCCUUUUGCAGUGGCCAAAAUGAGAAAAAAGUGGGAAAUGGGAGGCAUGAAACGCAUCUUUUUCUUGUUGCUGUUCUUUGUUUUCCUAGAAGGAUGCAAAACAGAACAAGUAAACCAUUCAGAGACAUACUGCAUGUUUCAAGACAAAAAGUACAGAGUUGGUGAGAGAUGGCAUCCUUACCUAGAACCUUAUGGAUUGGUUUACUGCGUGAACUGCAUCUGCUUAGAGAAUGGGAAUGUACUUUGCAGCAGAGUCAGAUGUCCAAGCCUUCAUUGCCUCUCUCCUGUGCAUAUUCCUCAUUUGUGCUGCCCUCGCUGCCCAGAAGACUCCUUACCCCCAGCGAACAAUAAAGUGACCAGCAAGUCGUGUGAGUACAACGGGACCACUUACCAACACGGUGAGCUAUUCAUGGCUGAAGGGCUCUUUCAGAACCGGCAACCCAACCAAUGCACCCAGUGCAGCUGUUCGGAGGGAAAUGUGUACUGUGGUCUCAAGACUUGCCCCAAGUUAACUUGUGCAUUCCCUGUCUCUGUUCCGGAUUCCUGCUGCCAGGUGUGCAAAGUAGGGGAUGGAGAAUUAUCAUGGGAAAAUCCUGAUGAUGAUAUCUUCCGGCAACCUGCCAACAGAGAAGCGAGACAUUCUUACCACCGCUCUCACUAUGAUCCUCCACCAGACCGGCAGUCCGGAGGUCUGCCCCGCUUUCCUGGGUCCAGAAGUCACCGGAGAGCUCUUAUGGAUUCCCAGCAAGCCUCAGGCACCAUAGUGCAGAUUGUCAUCAAUAACAAGCACAAGCAUGGACAAGUGUGUGUUUCCAAUGGAAAGACCUAUUCCCAUGGCGAGUCCUGGCACCCGAACCUCCGGGCAUUUGGCAUUGUGGAAUGUGUGCUGUGCACUUGUAAUGUCACCAAACAAGAGUGUAAGAAAAUCCAUUGCCCCAACCGAUACCCCUGCAAGUAUCCUCAAAAAGUAGACGGAAAGUGCUGCAAGGUGUGUCCAGGUAAAAAGGCAAAAGAAGAACUUCCAGUCCAAAGCUUUGACAGCAAAGGCUACUUUUGUGGAGAAGAAACAAUGCCCGUGUAUGAGUCUGUGUUCAUGGAGGAUGGGGAGACCACAAGAAAAAUAGCACUGGAGACAAAGAGACCACCUCAGGUAGAGGUCCAUGUUUGGACCAUUAGAAAGGGCAUCCUCCAGCACUUCCAUAUUGAGAAGAUCUCCAAGAGGAUGUUUGAGGAACUCCAUCAUUUCAAGCUGGUGACCAGGACAACCCUGAGCCAGUGGAAGAUAUUCACCAAAGGAGAAGCUCAGAUCAGCCAGAUGUGUUCAAGUCGUGUGUGCAGAACAGAACUUGAAGAUUUGGUGAAGGUUUUGUACCCGGAAAGGUCUGAAAAGGGCCACUGUUAGAUGAGACAGACAGUAUUGGAUAGGGUAAAGAAAGAAAACUCAAACAGCAGCUGGACUGCAGGCUUAUUUUGUUCAAGUCAACAGUGCUCUAAAACCCAAACUCAAAUGCAGUUAAUUAAUCACGCCAUGCACAGCAUAAUUUGCUCCUUUAUGUUGAGUGGUGUCUCAGCCCUUAAACAUCUCCUCCAAAGACACUAAAAGAGUCUUGAAUUAUUUGUAGGAGACAGAGGGAUAGAACACCAUAACUCUAGUUUCUGGAAGAAUCACAUUUCUUUACAGGUUAAAGAGUAAGAAGAAACCCAGGGUUUCUAUCAAGAAAGUCAUUCCAAUGAAAGGAAGAGAAGGGAAUUGCUUCUUAGUAGGAGUUCGUUAGUAAAGAAAAAUAUUUGUGUGAUAUUAUAGUUUUAACAUUUUAGAGUGCUUUAUGUUUUUGUUUUAAAUUAACUUCCCUCCUUCCACACACACUAAACUAUAGCGUUCAUUCUGAGGCAAGGCCACCAUUGACUCUCCCCUUAUUUCCUUGGCCUGGCUCCCAAAUAGCUUGGUGGUUGUUGGUACUUAGGAGGAUAAAGAAAGAACUGUGAGCAGAAGGCUCUGCCCUUGAAUCUGUGGUGUGAUUGUUGAAGUCACUAACUAUGGUGGCAGAGUGAGGAAUAAGAACACCAUUUCAUGGCCACAUUCACUGUGAAGUGGUAAAUAAUUUCCCCCACUUCCCUUUUGUCCCUGAACCUAUAGAGCCUCUGUAAAGAAGUUAGAAUUGGGUAAAAUUUUCAGAAACUGAAUCCAUGUAAGACAAAAUGAUUGUUAAAUAAAGGAGUUGAUAGACGUCAACAAGGCCAUCUUUGUGUUUUCAGGUCAAUACAACUCACCAAUUAAUAGUACAAUAUUCACUAAUUUUCUAGUUGAAAUUCCCUAGUCCAUAAUUCUCUAGUCCCAAAAUUUAGGUUAAAUGAUUAAAUUCUAGAAGUACUUAAAGGGACAAUUUUCCUUCUCCAAUUACAGGAGUUGAUUUUUACUUUGCAAAAGGCCCUAGUCCUCACGAGCCUCUGAGUAUCUGCUCUUUAAUUAGGAGAAUUAUUGCUUAUUUGGGGAGAUGGUAAUUCUGAUACAGAUCUUUAUCCUAAAUCUCCCUGCCAUUCUCAUCUCAUCCAUCAGGCAUGUAUUUGAAUCAUGGAUUCUAGAGAGGGCUGCUCCAAAAAUGACUGUUUGCAGCCCAAUACCAGAGCAUAAAUUAUCCAUUCUGAGGCCUGGUUUUAAAAAUCAUCUUUAUGGCAAAACUAUAAAUUCUCCACAUCAAGGAUGUCAAGCCUGCCUUCUAAGUUGGUGCAAAAGCAAUUGCGGUUUUUGCAAUUAUUUUUAACUUUUUAAACUGCAAUUACUUUUGUACCAACCUAAUAUCUCCUCUGAGGGACAUGAAUGAACUCUACUGAGUAUUUAAAAGUAUUAAGGACCAGAAAUCCUGUAUUUCCCACUCAGUGACCAUAGGUGAGACGAACGUUUUUUUUUUCUUAGAGUAUUGGACACCAUAGGGAAAAAUGUAAAAGGGCCAGUUUUUAUGGCAACCUGGCAUAAAGGAGUCUGUUCUCAUAUAAGAGACACAGGGGCCUUGUGGCCAGGCCCUCAUAGGACAAGCCUCUCACCAGCCCCUCACACACAUUCUCCUCAGGAAAGGGAGGUAGGAAAGACAUUCAGGGCUGAUAGACCACGGAGCAUUAUUGGGGAGAGGGUGUUAAGUAGCUGCUGUGUCCUUCCCAGAGGUGGCAGUAUUUCCAUAGUGUGGAAAAAAGUAACUGGUUCCUAAAGCAAAGCCGUAAUUUCCCCUUCUUGAUGACUCACCCCAAAGCCUUCCCACUCAGGUGUUCUCUGAAAGCUCAGCCUUCAGGAAACACCCAGAGAGCUUCCCUAGAUAGACUCCUGCCCCUAGGUUAUGGGUCACACCUUUACAAAGUGCUGUGUGAAGCAGGAGCUGGGGAGCUAUGCUGCACCAACAUAGAAACCUUCCCAUGUUUGGUAGUAUGUAGAGAGUAGGACAUAGGGAGAAGAGGCCAAGAGCCUGUAGUUAGUAGAGAGGAAUGGGUGUGGUUCUUCUUGUGUAUUUAUUUGUAUUAUAAACACUUGGAAAACAAAGACCAUAAGCACCGUUUAGUGGUUAUAGCCAUUUUAUAGUUAACUCAUGUAAACAAAUAAGAGUAAUAUUAACAGUAUUACCCUUUCACUGUUCUCACAGGACAUGUACCUAACUAUGGUACUUAUUUAUGU